AUCUGUGGGCAAAGAAAAUAUUAGAAAAUAUUAGCAGGAAAUUGGCAAACACAAAAUACAGAUCGUGUGGUAAAUAACUGGUGGUCCAGAUAGAGACUUGUGAUUAAAACUCUACGAUAACAAAUAAAAUUACGGCUAGUCGUUAUUGGGUGGAUUGGAGGCCGUUUCAGUCUGCUGAUUUGAGAGUUACGUGAAGUGGUAACGUCACAUCACCUCCGCUUCAGCGUCGCUCGGCUGUAGCUCGGCCGCCUGUGGCUGGCGACUGGUGAGCCAGCCCCGCGCCGAACUCUAUUCGCUCCCUUCGAAGCGCUCGGACGUGCCCACUCUCAUUAUCAACUUGACCGCAACACCGGCACGACGUACACUUGCUGGCGCGUUCGCUUAUUUAUAAUUUCAAACUUUACAACAAAGUUAACUCCGAAACAUCGAAAAGUGAUAUUUUCGAAUAAUAAAAUCAACGAAAACAAUCAAAACGGAGCGACAAACGAGAUUUUCAUUUUGCGAAAACUUUAUCGCAAAUUUAAACGAGGCGAAGAGAAAAAGAGGCAAAAAUGUCGAAAAAACACCUUCACAAUCAGGCGGCGAUACCGUUAGCACCGGCGGUCUUUAAGAAGCCCCAACUGCGGCCCAUGAUAGCCGAAUAUGAUUCCAAGAAAAAAGGAGUCAGAAAUGAUUUAUCCGAUGUUGUUAUGAUCAAAUACAAUGUUGACCCAAGUGAGAUCCCAGUGGAACAACAGGCGGGCUCGACCCUACCUCUUAUGGAGAUCCCGGGAAAGGAUGUCGAGGCAGACGAGGACUAUAAUCCCUUCGAACACCGAAAACUUGCUCACCCUACCUCUGACAUGGAUACUUUAAUUCACUUGCUGAAAGGUUCACUGGGCAGUGGUAUUCUUGCCAUGCCAAUAGCAUUCAAAAAUGCUGGUCUUUUCUUCGGUCUGUUCGCGACUUUUGCCAUCGGAGCUAUCUGCACCUACUGCGUACAUGUCCUGGUGAAAACUGCUCAUGAGCUAUGCAGACGCAUGCAAAAGCCUUCAUUAGGUUUCGCCGAAACAGCUGAAGCUGCUUUCUUAUCUGGGCCGCCAUCAAUGCAUAAAUUUUCCAGACUCGCCAAAGCAAUGGUUAACUGGUUCUUGGUAUUAGAUUUGCUGGGCUGUUGCUGCGUCUACAUCGUAUUCGUUUCCAAAAAUGUAAGCCAAGUAGUUGACUACUACGCCGAAGGAACUUCAUUCCACAAUCUGCAUAUCCGAGUCUACAUGGCUGCUCUUUUGCCAUUCCUCAUCAUGAUGAAUCUUAUUCGGAACUUGAAGUACUUAGCGCCUUUUUCUAUGAUUGCGAAUGUAUUGGUUGGAACUGGAAUGGGAAUCACCUUCUACUAUCUAUUCCAAGAUAUCCCUAGUGUGAGUGAAAGGGAUUCCUUUGCUGAGAUCUCAACCUUACCAAUAUUCUUCGGUACCGCUAUCUUUGCCUUGGAGGGAAUCGGCGUGGUGAUGCCCUUGGAAAACAACAUGAAGACUCCUACUCACUUCAUUGGAUGCCCCGGAGUAUUGAACACUGGAAUGUUUUUCGUCGUAACUCUCUACGCGUUCACAGGAUUCUUUGGUUAUCUGAAGUACGGAGAUGAGACCAAAGGCAGUAUUACCUUGAACUUACCGGAAUCCGAGAAGCUGGGUCAAUGUGUGAAACUUAUGAUUGCCACGGCCAUAUUCUUCACGUACAGUCUACAGUUCUACGUCCCAAUGGAAAUCAUUUGGAACAACGUCCGUCACUGGUUUGGAGCUAAGAAGAAUCUUGCCGAAUACAGCAUCAGGAUCGCUUUGAUUGUGAUGACGGUUUGCAUCGCUAUAGCUAUUCCGGAUCUUGGACCAUUCAUUUCUUUAGUCGGGGCUGUCUGCUUAUCAUUCCUCGGAUUGAUCUUCCCUGCUAUUAUGGAAACUGUUACCUUCUGGGACCGACCGAACGGCUUGGGACGUUUCAAUUGGGUUCUCUGGAAAAACGUAUUCAUGAUCUCCUUCGGUAUUCUCGGGUUCUUGACAGGUUCAUAUGUCAGCAUCGUUGAAAUUAUUGAAGGAUCUAGUAAUUAAAUAAGCCAUGAUAUAACAAUUUCAUAGACUAUAAGGCUCAACGGUAAACUUUUGUAAGGCACCUACGUAAUUAGUAGGGUUUUCUACUAUUUUGCUUACAUGCCCAUACCGAUUACUUUAAAACACAAUUUGAUAUGAAUAUUUCCUGAAGAUUUUUGAAAUGCUCAAAAUAUUUUGAAGUUGUUUUGAAUGUAUUAUGAGCAGUUAUCGUGGAACACUGAUUGUAUUUUGUUACUGAUUUAUUUAGCCCCAAAAACUUUGCAGCCAUUCUUAGAUGUAGAAACAUAUAAAUAAAUAUGUAAUCUUAUAGAUGUGUGAGAAUUUUUCUAGUGCAUUAACGAAAUGUGAUACGACUUUAGGUUAAUGGGAAUCAGUAUGAAAUACACAAAAAAUGGAAACGCAUAAUUAUAAAGAUUUAAAACAUUUAAAAAAUAAAUCAUGUAGGUAAAACAGUAGUAUGAUAACAGUACAUUAUUGUGAAAAUUGAGAAGUGGGUUACUGUUUUUGAGGUUUAAUUUUAGAUUCGUAAACAUUACGGCAUUUCCAUUACCAAAUAUAUCUAUUUGCUUAAGUAGUAUAAAUAGACUUGUCAUAUCAAGCUUGUUUGAGAAAAUUUGAUCUAAAGCAUUUAACUUGUAGGUAUAUUUAUUUCCUCUCGUUUAAAAUGCACGAAUCAUGCAAAAAACUGUGAGGAAAAGAAGAUAAAGAAACUCAACUAUUUACAUUGAUUUUUAAUUAGUUAAAAUAUAUAUGUUAGUGACAUAUGUACGUUGUAUAAAGACUGGCUUGUAUUUUUACAAUCACACGAACAAUGACGUAAAUUUUUGUCUCAAAAAUUACUUAAUUUUUACAAAAAGAGAAAACGAGGUAACGUUUGAUUCUAGAGAAAACUAAGAAAUAACAUCCAAGCCGUAUGAGUUAUUAAUAAAUCAAGAAUGUUCCUUAAAUCAUUAUUUUAUAUGAUAAUACAAUGCUAUGAUUUAGAUCGUUUGAAAUGAUGAGUGAUUUGUAUUAAUAUUAUAAAACAGAGUGAUUGGUCUCACAAGGCCCUUUUGCCUGGAUCGAAGAGUCGAUCACUCUUUAUUAGGCUAAAUUAUGAUUUUCGAAAUUAGACAACUUGUCAGAGAAAACUCUCACAAGUAAAACAAUAAUUUUAGUAUAGGUCCCAAGCAUGGGUGUAAUAGUGAUCUUUCGUUCAGUAAUGAACUAAAAUUAUGAUUAUUGUUUUUAAACGUACAGCUUAACAAACCACUAUUGAAAUAUAUUUUCUCAUACCUCCACUAUGAAAAUGUGAAUUUUAGAAAAUUUUAAAUGAAGUUUUUAAAUGUACUACUCGUAGGUACUAAGGUAUGCGCAAGUAGUACCUAUAGAUCUUUCUAUUGCGCACACUCUCAGUCAAAAUAGUUUUCUAUAGUUUAGCAUUGUCUGUCUUAAAAUAGUGGUUGUUUUGUUACAGUAUUAAUUAAAUGAAUAGAAUUUAAGGACA